CCAGUGAUGCGAGGCGGGGUCGGCUGAUGCGGGGCGGGAAGGUCUGGGUGGCCGAGAGAGUGACGCAAGUGGACCAAGGCAACUAUACUCUGAGAGACACGGAGGGGAAGGUGCUGUCCCACAGCACCCUUACUGUCCGCGGGCACUCCUUCAAUGUCACCCGCUUCGCCAAGGAGUCUCUAAACCUGCCCCUCUUUCUUCCUGUCCCUCAUGUCCACCUCAUUUUUACCCCCUCCCGAUACCCUGAUGAAUCCUCCCUGGGCCCUUUCGACCCCAGGCCCCCCCGCGGCCCCGUGCAGCUGAUCCGUGAGGGCCAAAUAACAGACCACGACAUGCGCUACAGGGGCCUCAUCUCCCUGGGCAGGAACGGUACUAUCAAUGAGGUUGUCAUAGCGAGACUGACUUCAAGGCAUGAUGGGGUGUAUGAAAUCAGAGAUGGGGGUGGCAACCUAGUGUCUUCCACCUUUUUGCAGGUGAUCGAAAAGGGGGCCAGAUGGCGAGCACUGCUCAAGUCCAUCACUGUCCCAUCUGGGAUGUUUGUGUCACUGGCUGGUUUCAUCCUGUUCUUGAAGCGCUACCCAAAUUGCAGCCUAUCACAGAUCAUCGCCUGCCUCAGAGCGAGCCGCACACCACCAGCCAACCCCCCAAGAGUUAAUAUCCAGGACUACAGCCAGCCCAGCCCUGAGCCCUCAGGCUACUACAGUCAUGCUCAGCAGCCUGGAACACCAAGAAAAUGGACCCCUAGAGCCAGUCCUGCUCAUACUGGUUACACUCCAGUUAUGGUGGGGACUCCAAGAGCUGAGAACCAAGGAACGCACAGAUUGGCAGCUAGGAGCUCCCCUAGUCGUAAUUCAACCACUGAGCGGGACACAUCUACUGCACGAGAGAUUUCCUUUUCAGCACCCGGGGCUUCAGAUUACCUCCUCGCCACCGAGGAGUGUGUUCAAUUCCAGAUCAAGAAAAAUGGAGAUGGAGAAAGUUGUAACAAAUCACAAGAAUACUUUUCCACACUGCCACUAGACAUGGACACCUCUGAAUCCUGCAGUGUUUAUACUUCAGAGAAACUGAACUUCUUAUAAAACAGACAGUUGGAGCUGCAAUACGGUAAGAAUAAAUGAGGCAUGAGAGACGCCAGUUUUGGGGUUCUCUGGUGGAAAAGAAAGAUCUCAAUUGUGCCUUUUGCAUUGUAGUGUAGUUUUAAUGGUUUGGUACGAACAUUGCAUGUCAUUUUUUUAUUGUCAUUUUACUGUAGCAUGAGUGGAGCAUUAGCCUUACCGUCUCAUAUUACCCAUCUCUUGAUACUGGCUGAUGGUGCUCCUGAAAUAUCCUGCUGUUACCUACCUCCAGACCCUCAGGACCAAUAUUACCUGCACUGUAUUUGCUGAGUGUCUGUACAUGUAUGUUUGUGUGUGUAAUGUGAUCUCUAGGGCUAUGCAGGCAUUAGAGUUGUGAUACAAAAGUUUGGAUAAGGGAAUUUUCUUUUACUACACAGUAAUGUAAGGUUAAUGGAAGCGUUUUUCUCCAUCUAUUGCGUAAACCAUUCCUCACUCUGACAACAGUUAAUUAUCAUGUUAAAUAUCUACUCUGCAGAUUAAUAAUUUUACAACGAUAAAGUGUAUUAACCCUCAAGACAAUUUUAGUAAUGGUAACGUGAAAUGUAACAUGUUCGACCAAAUAUUGCAAUAGCCUGUUGAUCUGUGAACUUUGUGUACAGGAUAAAGCU